GAGAUGAAAAAAAGACUGAGGGGUAAGAGACUGAAGGCAAGAGCCAGAGCAAGCUGGAAGAGGCCGAGGAAAGAUGCUCUGAGGGAGUGCUAUGGAGAGGAGAGAGAUGGGGGGGAGGGCUCCAGGGGGAGGGAAGAAGGGGGAAAAGCUGGCAGGGAGGCGGCCAGGGGCCUAAAGUACCUUAAGGGAGGAGGGGUGAUAGAGGCAGACUGUGUUAAUGGGAGGGGGAGGGGGCGGCAAGGCCAUGGAAGCAGAGCCCAGCCUGGCAUGGGCAGAGGAGAUCCUGAGGGAGUCAGCCCUAAGCCCCCUCCAGGUGCUGGGGGAACAGGAGCUUAAGAGGACCUGAAGAGCGGGAGGGCAUGACUGGGUGUGUGUGGUAAGGAUUCCUGUGUCCUCAUCUCUGGAAUAAAUUGACACCUGCAGAGAGCCACCCGCGGGCUGGCGCCUGGCUCUGAAAACCCCGCGUCAGCAAACAGCUCUGGCGGCUGGGGGGGGGGGGGGGGGGGGGCGGGGGGUGCUUGCUGAAAUGACCUGGGUGUCUGCCCCUUUGGUCCGAUCUCUUCCCUUGUCCUACUCCUGGUGCCCUGAGCACCCAAGCAUCAGAGUAGCAACUGUGGGGGGCUGGCAAGGGGAAGGGGAGAUGAAUAGCUGGGACGGGCCGGAAAGAAAACUGAGGUUUGCCCCCAGGACAUAGGUCAAAAUGCUGUGCAUGGAGGAGGAGGUAUCUGUGGCCCAAGGCCAUUCAAGACUUGGGGGACAGUUGGUGGGCACAUCUGAUGCCCUCCAAACCCACCUCAGCACCCCUUCUGCCCAGCCAGAGGCCUGGUCACUAGAGCUAGGCUCUGAUUGGCCAACAAGGGGCAAGAGGCGGGUCUUUUAGGGUUCUCUAAGUCCCCAAUCUCCUGCACCCCCCAACAUACAUACUUCUUCCUCUAUGCUAAGGUUGGGGGAAACUGUAGCAUUCUGACUCAUGCCUCUGCUCUCCCCCUCAUGCCCUGAAUGGACCCCAUAACCAAGCCAGCCCCUUCCCCUCUUCCUCCAGACCCCUCCUCCAGGGUUAAAGCUGCAGCCCGUUGCCGAGGUAACAUUGCGGGGCAGCAUCCUGUCGCCCAGCAACCAGCUGCAGGAUCACGCAUCUGUCCCUGGAUUUGCCCCUCCAGCAUCCCCUCCCUACUCUAGCCCCUGCCUCAAGGCACCUUAACUUCUAAGGGAAGAAAUGGAGAGGGCCUGGGCGAAAAGGGUCCCCUGCUGCACAAAUCCUUAGAGAAUGGGAUGUUGAAGGGAGGAGAAGGUGCUGGGCUUGUGCAGUCCCAAAAAAGAUCUGAGUUUGGCCUGGGGUUGGGGUUCAGUACCACGAAAUUACAGCUCAGAAGUAAUUAACACGUAUAAACAAACCUGCCACUUCCUGCUAAUUAAUGACUUGGUAUUUUUAUUUUCUCUUCCUUGUCUAUCUCAUCCCUCCCAGGGAGGUGGGAACUGGCACUCCUGAGUCCCCUGAGGAGAGCCUGCCUGGGAGGGAUAAAGCAGUUGGAAGGGGGUGUCCUGGGUCUAGGGAGCUGACCCUCCUCUGACUCUGUCCUGGACAGUUACCACAUCUUGACUCCACCCCAAGCCUCAGACUUUUCUAUCUGGGUCCCUGCUGAUGGGAAGGGGUUGCUGGGAUGGGGGAGGGGUCAGGGGGCCUGGGGGUAAAAGAAGGGGGCAACUUGGUCUGAAUUCCAAGUCACUAACCACUUGUCUCUUCUGUCUCCCCAUUCCUUUCUGUCUGCCCCGUCCAAUUUCCCUUCCCUUCUUCCACCUCUCCUCUGUAUUUUUCUGUCCGUCCGUCUGUAUCUUGCAUACCCUGUCCCUCCUCCCCGCAGGUCGGGCCUGCCUUCACCUUCUCCCACUUCCUUCCCCUUCCCCACCCCUUGCCCCCUCCAUGGAGAGGAAUAGACCUCUUCUCUGUCCAGUCUAACCCAGGUCCCUCCCCACCCCCCUCCUCCCUCCUUUCCCCGGCCCCCUCCUCCCUCCUGGGGCGAGGGGGGCCUCCCUCCCUCUCCCCCCCCUUCUCUCUCUCUCCGAGGGGGGGGGUCCCGGGGAGGGAGGGGGGGUCCCCCGAUCAGCAUGUGGCUCCUGGCGCUGUGUCUGGUGGGGCUGGCGGGGGCUCAACGCGGGGGAGGGGGUCCUGGCGGCGGCGCCCCGGGCGGCCCGAGCCUGGGCCUCGGCAGCCUCGGGGAAGAGCGCUUCCCAGUGGUGAACACAGCCUACGGGCGAGUGCGCGGUGUGCGGCGUGAGCUCAACAACGAGAUCCUGGGCCCAGUCGUGCAGUUCUUGGGCGUGCCGUACGCCACGCCACCCCUGGGCGCCCGCCGCUUCCAGCCGCCCGAGGCCCCCGCCUCGUGGCCCGGCGUUCGCAACGCCACCACCCUGCCGCCCGCCUGCCCGCAGAACCUGCACGGGGCGCUGCCCGCCAUCAUGCUGCCUGUGUGGUUCACCGACAACUUGGAGGCGGCCGCCACCUACGUGCAGAACCAGAGCGAGGACUGCCUAUACCUCAACCUCUACGUGCCCACCGAGGACGGUCCGCUCACAAAAAAACGUGACGAGGCGACGCUCAAUCCGCCAGACACAGAUAUCCGGGACUCUGGGAAGAAGCCUGUGAUGCUCUUUCUGCACGGCGGCUCCUACAUGGAGGGCACCGGGAACAUGUUCGAUGGCUCCGUCCUGGCUGCCUAUGGCAACGUCAUUGUAGCCACACUCAACUACCGGCUUGGGGUGCUCGGUUUUCUCAGCACUGGGGACCAGGCUGCAAAAGGCAACUAUGGGCUCCUGGACCAGAUCCAGGCCCUGCGCUGGCUCAGUGAAAACAUUGCUCACUUUGGGGGUGACCCCGAGCGCAUCACCAUCUUUGGGUCCGGGGCAGGGGCCUCCUGUGUCAACCUUCUGAUCCUCUCCCAUCAUUCAGAAGGGCUGUUCCAGAAGGCCAUCGCCCAGAGUGGCACUGCCAUUUCCAGCUGGUCUGUCAACUACCAGCCGCUCAAGUACACGCGGCUGCUGGCAGCCAAGGUGGGCUGCGACCGGGAGGACAGUGCUGAAGCUGUGGAGUGUCUGCGCCGGAAGCCUUCCCGGGAGCUGGUGGACCAAGAUGUGCAGCCUGCCCGCUACCACAUCGCCUUUGGGCCCGUGGUGGACGGUGACGUUGUUCCUGAUGAUCCUGAGAUCCUCAUGCAGCAGGGAGAAUUCCUCAACUAUGACAUGCUCAUUGGCGUCAAUCAAGGAGAGGGCCUUAAGUUCGUGGAGGACUCCGCAGAGAGCGAGGACGGUGUGUCCGCCAGCGCCUUCGACUUCACAGUCUCCAACUUUGUGGACAACCUGUAUGGCUACCCGGAGGGCAAGGAUGUGCUGCGGGAGACCAUCAAGUUUAUGUACACAGACUGGGCCGACCGGGACAAUGGCGAGAUGCGGCGCAAGACCCUGCUGGCACUCUUUACUGACCACCAGUGGGUGGCACCAGCUGUGGCCACCGCCAAGCUGCACGCCGACUACCAGUCCCCUGUCUACUUUUACACCUUCUACCACCACUGCCAGGCUGAAGGCCGGCCCGAGUGGGCAGACGCAGCGCACGGGGACGAGCUACCCUACGUCUUUGGUGUGCCCAUGGUGGGUGCCACUGACCUCUUCCCCUGCAACUUCUCCAAGAAUGACGUCAUGCUCAGCGCUGUGGUCAUGACCUACUGGACCAACUUUGCCAAGACUGGUGACCCCAACCAGCCGGUGCCGCAGGACACCAAGUUCAUCCACACCAAGCCCAACCGCUUUGAGGAGGUGGUGUGGAGCAAGUUCAACAGCAAGGAGAAGCAGUACCUGCACAUCGGCUUGAAACCACGUGUGCGUGACAACUAUCGCGCCAACAAGGUGGCCUUCUGGCUGGAGCUCGUGCCUCACCUGCACAACCUGCACACAGAGCUUUUUACCACCACCACGCGCCUGCCUCCCUAUGCCACACGCUGGCCGCCUCGCCCACCACCCGGUGCCCCAGGCACACGCCGGCCCCCACCACCUGCCACCCUGCCGCCUGAGCCUGAGCCUGAGCCUGGCCCCAGGGCCUAUGACCGCUUCCCCGGGGACUCACGAGACUACUCCACGGAGCUAAGUGUCACUGUGGCUGUGGGCGCCUCCCUCCUCUUCCUCAACAUCCUCGCCUUUGCCGCCCUAUACUACAAGCGGGACCGGCGGCAGGAGCUGCGGUGCAGGCGGCUCAGCCCACCAGGCGGCUCAGGCUCCGGUGUGCCCGGUGGGGGCCCCCUGCUCCCGGCCACCGGCCGCGAGCUGCCACCAGAGGAGGAGCUGGUGUCACUGCAGCUGAAGCGGGGUGGUGGCGUUGGGGCGGACCCUGCUGAAGCCCUACGCCCUGCCUGCCCACCCGACUACACCCUGGCCCUGCGCCGGGCACCGGACGAUGUGCCUCUCUUGGCCCCCGGGGCCCUGACCCUGCUGCCCAGUGGCCUGGGGCCCCCGCCGCCCCCGCCACCCCCAUCUCUCCAUCCCUUUGGGCCCUUCCCUCCGCCUCCCUCCUCCGCUCCCAGCCACAACAACACGCUACCCCACCCCCACUCCACUACUCGGGUAUAGGGGGUGGCCUGGGGAGGCCCUCCUCCCCAGCCCUCCCGGCCUGGGGAAGUGCCACUCAGAAGGCAGGGAGGAGGACUUGGCAACAGGCUUUUCUCGUGUGGAGCUGUCACACGUUGAGGAGCAUUAGGUGGACGUGGAUUUCCUCACCGGGAUGCGUGUUUUGCCCAUGCAGAGAGGCCCACUCUCUUCUCUGGACCUGGGCCUUUGUACAACUGGAGGGCGUUUUUUGCCCUCCGCUGGGACACCAGUCUUCGGUGUGUGGAAGCGUGGGAGCAUUUUCCCACGCAGAGGUGUGCUUUCUCAUGAGGGGGUGUGUUUUCCCAUGUGCAGGGUAAGGUUUUUUUUGCCGCCCUGGACACAUGUUGGCCCCCUCAAAGAAUUUCUGCGGGGAUUUGUACCCCAGAAUCCUGUUCCCUCAUGCCUUCUCCCACCUCCUCCCCCUUCCCCAUCCCAUGGAGACCCUGGAAGUGGUGUGUUCACGGACAGUGACCCUUGGCCACCAGACAACCCACGGUGGUGCCUGGGAAGUAGUGAGGAAAUCACAGCCCCCCCUCCCUGUCCCCCCACUCCCACCCCAGCGAAGCAUGUUUAACCCCCGUGGCACAAGUCAGAUGGAACACGUUCUCCCCGAUUGGCUUCGCCUUCCACAGAUGACAGACACAGAUUCCCUGCUAGGGGGAUGGGAGGAGAUCCGUGCAUCCCUGUGCUGCCUGGGAAUUUGUUUUCCCAUGGGUCUGGGACACAUUUCUCUGAGUGGAAAUAUGUUCCUGCAUGUGGAUGUGUGUUUUCCCAUGCAGACGGUUGGUUCCUUUCUCUCUAGCACCUCCCUGCAUCCCCCAGGCCUCAGGCCCAGCACUUAAUUCCUCCUCACACAGCAGGUGGGAACAGACUUCAGCGGACCUGAGGGGAGAGCUCUGCCUCUCCCUCCCCUAGAGAUGCUGAGUUAGGGGGCGGGGGUGUGGCACCUGUCACCCACAGAGGCCAUGCAUGUUUAACCAAAGCCCUCAUCGGGGUCUGGGACAGCCUUUCCCUCAGUCUUCAGACCGUUGCUCAUCGUGCCAAACUGGGUAGGUGAGUUUAAGAGGAGAAGACCCCCAAAGUGUGCCAAGGAUUCCCCAGUCCUGGGCCAGGGCAGGUAAAUGUAGGGGCAGGUGGAUACAGGGGAGGGAAAGUGGCAGCAAAAGGGGUCCUGCCUGUCUGUUUCCUUUCCUUAUUAUGUCUCAUCCCUCCCUCUGUGCCUCAGUUCCCCGUUCCCCCAUCUCUGUCCCUCUCUUUGAAGCUAUCUCCAUCUCAGCGUCAGACCAGCUUCUCCCUCGGCUUCCCACUCCCUUCUUUGACCUGCCUCCUCUUCCCUUGGCCACCAGGGCUAAAGGAAAGGAGUGGUGGAGGAUGGAGGGGAGGAGAGCAGGAGAGAAAGGCUUCACAGGACAGGCUGGGGAGAGAAUGAGGUCAGCUGUGCUGAGGAACAGAUGGAGGGGGCAGUGGGAGAUGGGGCUUGGGCUGAUACCAGCAGGAAGAAUUUGAAAGGACAUGUGUGAGGUGACUACCUGGAGGGGACCAGAGGAGAAAGUGUUUGAGCCUCUGGGGAAAAGAACGAAGUUAGGAAGGGUUUUAAAAGACACCAGUGGAGAAGGAGAGAAUCCUCAUCUGCUGGCAUUUUGUGGGUUUGUUAGUGCCAAACUUGAGUAGGGGGUGGGGUGCUGUCUUCCACUGACACCUAAAUCCAGAAUCCCUCGUCUUGGCUCCCGGGAACUUUGCCUCCUGACUGUCCCUUCUCCUCCCGCCUCCACCCAUGGAAACUUAGUUCUUUUCCCACCCCUCCCUGCCUGGUCCGGCUCCUCUCCAAACAGCCAUGCCCUCUAAAUGCUAGGGACCUGGGCCCUGAACCCUGUAGACAGAUGCCCCACAAACUGGGGUAUGGGAGGGGGGCUGGGGGACCCCAUGAUUCAGCCACGGACUCCAAUACCCAGCCCCUCUCCCCAGAACAAUUCCCUGACAAUCCCAUAUCCCCACCCCAACCCUUCGCGGCUCUGUACACAUUUUUAAACCUGGCAAAAGAUGAAGAGAAUAUUGUAAAUAUAAAAGUUUAACUGUU